AUCCCUAAUUUCCUCAUGAGCCAGGUGCGUAGGCUGAACGAGAACAGCAACCGGCGUUACCAGUUAUACGAUCGUCGCUUCAAGAACCUGCUGAGAAAGAUUCACACGGACAGCAGGGAAAAACCGGAGAAAAACUCCGAGCCACAUCGUACAGUGAAAAUCCAGGUUGGAGAACUGGAAAGCAGCACGAUGGAUUAUCAGCUUAACUUAAAUUCAAGAGCCUCCGACCUUCUCGCCCAGUUUUACCGCCAGUUCCUCAGAAGCCCUGAAAAUGGAAAAGGCAAAAUGCGCAGGAACGGCUCGGUGGCGCAUUCCGACUGCGCCCUGUACGAAGUGGGCGGGAAUAUCG